UAAACACACACCAACAUGGAACUUGUGAAAAACUAUGUCAAGAAAGCAAUGCCAUCGCUCAGUAGCGUUCAGAUGGAUACACUCAUGGCUAAACUGGAGGAAUUAGGAGUUCUCUCUGUAGAUGACCUGAGCCUUGUGGACCCGGAGGACAUUAAAGACACUCUGCCAUUCAUUCAGUGCAAAAGAUUUGUCAGAGCUGUCAAAGCAUUGGAAGCAGAUUCACAAGCUCCACCGCAGUUCACCAGGCCUGGCCCCUCAUCAACACCUGAGCCACAGAGGUUUCAGCUGCCCUCAACACCACCUGAGACAGCCGACUCCCCAUCCCAAGACACAUAUUCUGUACCAUGGCACAAAUUUCCCUCAAAAGUCAUGGAUGAGUUGCGUGAAAAGAAGUACAUAAUGGGGAAAGACAGACGAGAGAUGGUUCGGAUCGUCGCUGAAGAUUACCUCCAUAAACACCCAGGAAGACCUGGUAGACAAAAGCUGAGGGAACUCGCCAGUAUGAUUGUAGGACAAUAUCCUGCCUCAUUCAAGCUGACAGAGCCGUUUGGAAACAAACCUUUUGCAAAAGAUGGUUCUGAAACUGUCUUUCGUCAGCUGGAACACAGAAUUGAAAAUAUGAAGAGGCCACAAAGCUCACUGAAGAGGCGAGCAGGGGGUGAAAAUUCAACAAAGAAAAGGCCCAGGAAUUCAGAUCUGUAUGGAUGUGUGGCGUGGGAUCCAAUCAUUGAGGGGACUGUGUGUAGAGAAGACCUGCUGUCUAAACGAGAUGAUUUGAAACGUGCCUUUCAAACCCGUGAUCUUCAGGAGUCAUCUUUUCGAAAAUUGAUGACUGAAACUUAUCCCAUUCAGCGUGAAAUCCUCAACGAUGCUGAUACCACUAUUGGCGUUGUAAAGGACGAGUGGCCGUUCCUGUUUGAAGUUCCUCAUCUGUUUGAUCAUGCAUCUAAACUCCUAGUUUUCUUUGGGAUCAAUCCUGAGCGAGGCUCCAAGGCAGAAAAGAAGGGGAAGAAACGGCACUUCAUUCCUCCACAGGUGUGCAAGCUGGUUUCUCAGCUGAAGGAAUUUGAAUGCAGUCAGAAGGAAUCUGAGUGGGCCAUUUGA